AUGUCUGCCAACAGCAUCAAGGUUGUGGCCCGGUUCCGGCCGCAAAACCGGAUCGAGCUCGAGUCUGGCGGCAAGCCCAUUGUUACCUUUAGCUCCGAAGACUCUUGCUCGCUUGAUUCAAGAGAAGCCCAAGGCUCAUUCACUUUUGACAGAGUGUUUGACAUGGGCUGCAAGCAGCAGGACAUUUUCGACUUUUCCAUCCGACCUACCGUCGACGAUAUCCUCAAUGGCUACAACGGAACCGUCUUCGCCUAUGGCCAGACCGGCGCUGGCAAAUCCUACACCAUGAUGGGCACCAACAUCGACGACGAGGCAGGCCGAGGCGUCAUUCCCCGCAUCGUCGAGCAGAUUUUUGCCAGCAUCAUGUCCAGUCCCGGCACCAUAGAAUACACUGUGCGCGUCAGCUACAUGGAGAUUUACAUGGAGAGAAUCCGGGACCUGCUGGCCCCCCAGAACGACAACCUGCCAGUCCACGAAGAAAAGAACCGCGGCGUGUACGUCAAGGGCUUGCUGGAGAUUUACGUGUCGAGCGUGCAAGAAGUCUACGAAGUCAUGAGAAGAGGAGGCAAUGCUCGAGCCGUUGCAGCCACCAACAUGAACCAGGAGUCGUCGCGAUCGCAUUCCAUAUUCGUCAUCACCGUCACCCAGAAGAAUGUUGACACGGGCUCGGCCAAGAGCGGUCAGCUCUUCCUGGUCGACUUGGCCGGCAGUGAAAAGGUGGGCAAGACGGGUGCGAGCGGACAGACGCUGGAAGAGGCCAAAAAGAUCAACAAGAGCUUGAGCGCUCUGGGCAUGGUUAUCAACGCCCUCACCGACGGCAAAUCCUCCCACGUCCCCUACCGAGACUCGAAGCUGACGCGAAUCCUGCAAGAGUCGCUGGGCGGCAACAGCCGAACCACCCUCAUCAUCAACUGCUCCCCCAGCAGCUACAACGACGCCGAAACGCUGAGCACCCUGCGCUUCGGCACCCGAGCCAAGUCCAUCAAGAACAAGGCCAAGGUCAACGCCGAACUCAGCCCUGCCGAGCUCAAGAUGCUGCUCAAGAAGGCCCAGAGCCAGGUGACCAACUUUGAGGGCUACAUCGCCACCCUGGAGAGCGAAGUCCAGCUGUGGCGAUCCGGAGAGUCGGUUUCCAGGGACAAGUGGGCGCAGCCGGGCGACGGCGUCGCGGGUGCGAGGGUGGAGCCAAAGGCUGCCCGGCCGUCGACGCCGUCUCGCCUCGCCGCCGAGAGCCGCUCGGAAACCCCGGGGGCCAUAGAGCGUGCCUCCACCCCGAGCUUGCAGCUGGACAAGGACGAACGCGAGGAAUUCCUGCGCCGCGAGAACGAGCUGCAGGACCAGCUCGCCGAGAAGGAAUCCCAGGCCACCGCCGCCGAAAAGGCCCUGCGUGAAACAAAGGAAGAAAUGAGCUACCUCAAGGAGCAUGACAGCAAGCUGGGCAAAGAAAACGAGAGGCUCACCACCGAGACCAACGAGUUCAAGAUGCAGCUCGAACGCCUGACCUUUGAAAGCAAAGAAGCGCAAAUCACAAUGGACGCCCUCAAGGAGGCCAACUCGGAACUGACGACUGAGCUCGACGACGUCAAGCAGCAACUGCUGGACAUGAAGAUGAGCGCCAAGGAGACUGGCGCAGCCUACGACGAGAAGGAGAAGCGCAAGGCCGAAAAGAUGGCCGAGAUGAUGGCCGGUUUCGACCUGGGAGGUGACGUGUUCAGCGACAACGAGCGCUCCAUCAGCCAGGCCAUCCAACACGUCGACAAGCUGCACGAAAUCAGCGUCAUGGGCGACAACAUUGCCCCAGAGGAGCUGAGCGAUAUCCGCGCCCGCCUCGUGGAGACGCAGGGCAUCGUGAGGCAGGCCGAGCUAUCCAUGUUUGGCACGUCAUCCACCGAAAAGGACUCUCGGCGAAAGUACGAGCUGGAAGAGAAGCUGGAGGCUUUGCAGCAGCAGUACGAAGAGCUUCUCACCAAGAGCCUGGCCGAGAGCGAUGCCGAGGAGGUCAAGACGCUACUAGAGAAGGCCUAUUCAAGUCGGCAGACGACGCAGGCGCAACUAAUCGAGGAACUAAAGGCAGAUGCCGCCCAGAAGGUGAGCGAGAACUCGCGAAUGAAGAUGCUCAUCGAGGGCCUCCAACACCAGGUCAAAUCCGGCGGGGCCGCGCCCACCAGCACCACCAGCACCACCACCGCCGCCGCCGCCGCCACCAACGGCAAGACGGUUCAGCAACAGAUUGCCGAAUUCGACGUCAUGAAGAAGAGCUUGAUGCGAGACUUGCAAAACCGCUGCGAGCGCGUGGUGGAGCUCGAAAUCUCGCUGGACGAGACCCGCGAGCAGUACAACAACGUGCUGCGGUCCUCCAACAACCGAGCUCAGCAGAAGAAGAUGGCGUUUCUGGAGAGGAACCUCGAGCAGCUUACGCAGGUCCAGCGACAGCUUGUGGAGCAAAACUCUGCCCUUAAGAAAGAGGUUGCCAUUGCCGAGCGCAAGCUGACGGCGAGAAACGAGCGGAUCCAGAGCCUGGAGAGCCUUUUGCAGGACAGCCAGGAGAAAAUGGCGGCUGCCAACCACAAAUUCGAGGUUCAGCUGGCGUCUGUCAAGGAGCGUCUGGAAGCAGCCAAGGCUGGAAGCACAAAGGGCAUCCUCAACGCUUCCGGCGCAGGCUUUAGCUUCAACAAUGCUGGGAGCCGUAUCGCCAAGCCUCUUCGCGGAGGCGGCGGCGGCGGAGGCGCGGCAGGCGCCCCGGCGCUGCAGACGCUGCAGACCGAGGGCGUUGCCAGCAAACGAAGCAGCUGGUUCUUUAACAAGUCGUAG